AUGUAUAGCCUUACACUUGCAGCUGUAUCUCUCUUCCUUGUCCUCUAUUACUACGUCCUCCCGGUGAUCAACUAUAUACGAGACCCCAAGGGUCUCCGCAAAUACCCCAACCUUAGUUUCUGGUCAGGCAUAUCAGACCUCCCUCUGAUAUACGAGUCACACAAAGGCUUUCGGUCCCGCUCACUGCUCGAGGCGCACAAGAAUCACCCGGUCAUCCGCAUAGGGCCGAACUCCCUUUCCUACUCAGACCCUGCCGCGAUCAAAGACAUCUAUGGCCAUGGCACGAAAUGCACCAAAGACAUUUUCUACGCUGAGCUGGCAGGCUCUCACUUUCACCUUGCAGACGUGGUAGAUAAAAGCGAGCAUGCCCGGAAACGCAAAGUCCUCUCCAGUGCGUACGCGCUCAAGAACUUGGAAAACUGGGAAUACAAGGUGGCCGAUAUGUCUCGCCGGCUCAUUAAAGCAUUUGAUGCUCGAUGCACCGAGCCGCUUCCUCAAGGACGAAUCCCGGAUGAGCAAGACCUGACUGUUGACUAUCGCAUGUGGUCGAAUCUCUUUACGAUUGCCGCCAUCGCCAAUAUCGGCCUCAGCGAGGAUCUACGCUUCCUUGACCAGGGGAAUGAUCUGGUUGCCUCGGAAAGUCAAGAUGGAGCCGUCAAGACGGUGAAUUUCCGAGAGUGUCUGUAUGCAACGGCGUGGGCUACUUCAAACCUGAUCUGGUCGUACGAUUGGUAUCAGACUUUGUGCAGAGUGAGCGGACUGGUGUCAUUUACCUACCGCCAGAAAUGGAAGCUGAACAAGGACUGGGACGGCAUCGUAUACAACCGAGCAACCACGCGCUGGAAGCGCUACGAAGCAGGAGAGAAACUUGAUGACUUUUUUACCGCUCUCAUGACCGACAAGGCCGGGGCCCCGUAUAACCUCGAAUGGGGCGAAAUUGUGGCAGAAAUGAGCAUUAUGAUGAACGCGGGAUCUGACACGACCGGCAUUGCACUGAACAAUGUGAUGUUCUCCCUACUCCGAAACCCCCGUUGUUUGAAGAACCUGCAGGAAGAGCUCGACAAUGUCCUGGACGACGAUGAAGUUAUUGCUCCCUAUGACAAGGUCAAGCAUCUGCCGUAUCUCCGUGCCUGCCUCGAUGAGAGCAUGCGGAUGUUCCCACCGGUGUCGUUCAACCUGCCUCGCCGCACGCCUCCUGAAGGAACAAACAUUCUCGGGGACUUCGUUGCGGGCAAUACUUCCGUCAGUAUGUCCGCGUACGUGGUGCACCGUGAUGAAACCAUAUUCCCGGAUCCCAACGUCUAUCGCCCGGAGCGUUGGCUGGGCGAGACAGGCAAGGACAUUCAACCUUAUUUCGUGGCCUUUAGUGCUGGGGCUAGAGGCUGCAUAGGUCGCAACAUCAGCUAUCUUGAGCAGACCGUUUUACUUGCGUCUCUGAUUCACCGUUACGAGUUUGCAUUGCCAUUCCCAGAUUGGGAGCCUGUUCGAAGGGAGACAACGAACCUCAGUUCAGGCCCAAUGCCCUUGAAACUAUGGAGGCGAAAUGGAGUACAGAGUGAAAAUUAA